AACAACUUGGGCGCGCGCGCGGCCGGGUAGCAAAAGCUCGCGAUCUGUGCGCCCACCACCGGGAGGAGCGAAGAUGCGGAUGAGCUGCAAUGGCUGCCGCGUCCUGCGCAAGGGCUGCGGCGACGCCUGCACCAUCCGCCCCUGCCUGCAGUGGAUCGAGGCCCCCGAGGCGCAGGCCAACGCCACCGUCUUCCUCGCAAAGUUCUACGGCCGGGCGGGCCUGCUCAACCUGCUCGCCGCCGCGCCCGACGACGGCGUCCGCCCCGCGGUCUUCCGCUCCCUGCUCUACGAGGCGUGCGGCCGCAUCGUCAACCCGGUCUACGGCUCCGUCGGCCUGCUCUGGUCGCGCCAGUGGCACAGGUGCGCCGACGCCGUCGAGGCCGUGCUCAGGGGGGACCCCGUCGUGCAGGUCGACGCCGGGUCCGACGCCGCCGCUGCCCCGCCGCUGCUCGCCGGCGCCAGGCCGCCGCCGCCGGCCGCCUUCGACAUCCGCCACGUCCCCAGGGAUCCCGACGCCACCGCCGCCGACCUCCUCCGCGCCGGCCGCAAGAGGUUCAAGCGCGCGGGUUCGUCUUCCAACGCCUCCAAGGCGAAGCCCCUGCCCCUCGAGCUCGAGGGCAAGGCCGGCAACAACGAACGCGCGUCGCCCAGCCCUCCCCCGACGCAACAACGAGAGGCGGAGGAGCUGCAGCCGGUGCCGAUGGUCGUCGAGCCAGAACACGGCGAGGAGUCCGCCGGCAGCCACGACCACCACCUGCAGCUGCAGGGGUGGUCGGAGGAGGACACCGACGUGGAGGCGGCCUCACACGUGAGCCAAGCCGAGGCUGAGCCGCCAGCCAGCAGCCAGAGCCAGGUGCUGGUAGCGGAUCAGGAGGAAGAGGAGGUUGGGCUCGAGCUCACGCUUGGGUUCGAGCCUGUCGUCAGGCAGCAGCCGAGGUCGUCGCGCUGCGACAAGAGCGGCUUGAGCGCGGCAUCGAGCCUCAUCGGCCUGCGGCUGCAGCUGCCGGCCGCCUAAGCACAGGCACAGCUCGCACCUAAACGAAUAGAGCAGUUUUGCGACCCUGCGCCUGCGGUGUUUGCUUAAAAAUAAGCUUUUGGACCCCCGGGUGCCAGGAGACACACAGUAGCCAACUUCAAAUUUUCUAGGUUUUGUUUAUCUUUUUCAAUUUUUCUUCUUGUCUUUAACUGUAAAAGUUGAUGGACUGCACAAUUACUCAGGUAGAGGGGGUUUGGUUCCCCGAUCAAAGAGGGCGUUUGGUUACUCGGUUUAGUUCUUAUAUCGAAUGUUUAAAUGCCAGUUAUAAGUAUUAUAUGUAGUAUAUUUAAAAAUUAAUUAUAUAAAUGAAGACUAAACAUUAGUAGAC